UAUCUGGCAGCCGGAGUGGCAGCGGACAGACGAGAGGGGAUCCCCGGGAUUUUUACACCGAAGCCAGCGAAACACCGACCUCAAACACCCGAAAACCGCGGGGGGAAACUCGGCUUAGCUCCUCCUAGGACUCCGUAAGUCCGUAUGUUACACCACCGGUCCAACUAGUCCAAUGUUUCGGUUUCCAAUUAAAAUUGUGACGACGAAUGAAGUUUCUCUCUCGUCGUUAGCUCGGCUAACGUAAGUUAAGCUAGCUAGCAUAGCCUCGUCUGAGCUAACGUGCAAGGUAACAGUUUGCGUGUCGCGGAGCAGCACACACACCUUCCUGACACACAGGAACCCAAAAAGUCCAGCAAUAAUACAACUAACUUCGCCGACAAACUUUGCGCAGGGAUGCUCGCAAUACAAAGUGAAAUGGUGAGAGAAGCCAUGUCAGAGGAGGCUGUGCGUCUAACACGCAGCCAGAAGCGGGCUCUGGAGAAGGACCAUGGAAGCCCUACUGGGCCCCUCGGGGACAUGGACGGCAAAAGAGUGAAGCUGGACGGGGAAGACUCAGAUGGGUCUUCCCCGGACCUGGUGGGAUCUGGAGCCGAAGGUGUCAAGCUAAAGAGUGAUCAGGCUGCAAAGGUAGCAACCAGUAUCCUGAAGGCUGGAGAAGUGAAGGCCACCAUCAAGGUGGAAGUGCAGACCAGAGACGAGCCCGUCGACAUGAGUACAUCCAAAAGUGACAUAAAGAAAGAGCGGCAGCCACCGUCACCUGAUGAUGUGAUUGUGUUAUCGGACAACGAGCCAUCCAGUCCUCUCAUGAACGGACACUGCUUCACAAAGACUGACACAGAUAAACUGAUGAAGAGUUCUCCAGAAGAGAGGGAGCGCAUCAUCAAAACACUGCAGGAAGAACUGAGACUCCAAGAGGCCAAACUAGUGCUGCUUAAGAAACUGCGACAGAGCCAGAUCCAGAAGGAGAGCAAUGUGCAGAAGGCGACUGGCUCAGUAGCCACUCCUCCUCCUUUGGUUAGAGGAAGCAUCACAUCAAGCAAAGGACCCCUCCAGAUGACAGGUCGCAGCUCUGGCACGGUGAUCCCUCCUCCAUUAGUGAGGGGUGGGCAACAUGUCCCGUCCAAACACAACUCUCAGAUUGUCAUGCCACCUCUGGUCAGAGGAGCCCAGCCUAUUGCAGUUACUCCGCAACAGAUAGCCAAUCUACGUCAGCAUCAGCAUCAGCACAGCGGCUCAGGCCCCCCUCCACUCUUGCUGGCACCGAGGGCUUCUGUGCCCAAUGUCCAGGUCCAGGGCCAGAGGAUCAUUCAGCAGGGACUCAUACGGGUGGCUAAUGUGGCCAACAGCAAUAUCAUGGUAAACAUCCCUCAGGCCUCUCCAACCAGCCUCAAGAACUCUUCAAUGUCCCCUAACUCGAACAUCAAUGACUCACCAGCCAGCCGACAGGCGGCUGCCAAGCUCGCUCUGCGUAAACAGCUGGAGAAGACUCUUCUGGAAAUUCCUCCACCCAAACCUCCUGCCCCAGAGUUUAACUUCCUGCCUUCAGCAGCGAAUAAUGAGUUCAUCUACUUAUUGGGGUUAGAAGAGGUGGUGCAAAAACUUCUGGAGAUGCACGGCAGGGGCAAUCUGGGCCCUGCUGCUGCAAUGGCCAUCUCCAUUCCCAAAGAGCCAUACACCUGUGCCCAGUGUAAGACGGACUUUACCUCCCGCUGGAGAAAAGAGAAGGCUGGAACCAUCCUGUGUGACCAAUGCAUGUCAUCUAAUCAGAAGAAGGCCUUAAAGGCUGAGCACACCACUCGUCUGAAGGCAGCCUUUGUUAAAGCACUCCAACAGGAGCAGGAGAUUGAACAGCGUAUCCUGCAGCAGGCAGCCUCUUCUUCUUCCUCCUCUCACUCUAAAAACACCUCAUCCUCCUCUUCGAUGUCCAAGAGUGAGGUGCUGGUUUCCCAGCAAUACAAGCAGGUCAGGGCUGCCAUGCAGCACAGACCAGUGUCUGCCCACCACUCCACCAUUAAGCAGAAUCAGCUGUCACACAGCAUCCAGGCUGCGGUGAGGUCUCGUGGCGUGGUCCACUCAUUCAACUCCUCUCAGCUGCACAACUCUGUGUCAGCAGCACUGGGAAGCAGGCCAGGUAAGCAUGCUGCAGCACGUCUGCUGCAGCAGGGGGCAAAGGUCAGCGCCGGCAGCAGCAGCAGUCACCAGGCCAACGUGGCUGCCUGGAGGAAGCAGAACAUGGGCAACACAGGUAUGUCCAUGGCCUAUGUGAACCCCAGCUUGUCUGCUCAUAAGACCACCUCUGCUGUGGAGCGUCAGCGAGAGUACCUGCUGGACAUGAUUCCCUCCCGUUCUAUCUCCCAAGCAAACAACACAUGGAAAUAAUGCAAUCUUACUCUUUUUCUCAUAACUAUUAUCUUUUUAAUAUCAAUAACAGCCAUUCUCAUUAUCAUUCUAAUCCUUUCUAUGGACUUCUAUGCCUCUGGCCAAAUGGUGCAGCGGAUAAACAGCCUCUUUUCUAUGGGAUGGAGGUGUUUCCUCAAUCUCCUCAGAUCCUUCUGCCGCCAUCUUUCAUACCCUAGUCCUGCUUCCCAAAUAGGAGUUGUGCUGCAGCAGCUCAGGAUUCUGGGAUACAAGGAGAUUGUCAAACUGAAUUUUGCAUACCUUCCUGAAGGCUGGAUGAAACACUGGCGUGUACAAUUUUCCAAACUUCUCGGGUGAUGUCGCCUCACCCUCCUUGUAUAUCGGUUGACCCUCACGGUUGUACCAAGUGGAAGUUGCCACACAAUCCCUGAGCUGCCCUGCCUCCGGAUUAGGCAGGGAAAGAAUAACAAUCCCUCUCAUACUCAAUAAAAAAACUCGCCUUAGGUCCUGCCCCUCCAGUCUGAGCCCGUCAGACUCAGGCCCAUGUGGUGGUCAAACAGAACUUCACCGAAGUCCUCAUCACAGGGAUUGUGGUUGAGCUUCAAGGAUCAUUCACAGAAUAAAUGCUUCAGCUUUGCAAAAACGAAUAAAACAAAAAAGGACUGUAAAAAAAGAAUCUAUCUGCACACAGACUGCCUCUUCUCUCUAACCUACGCCAUGUAUAGUAGAGAAGUUGAUGCGUGUUGGAUUAUUUUGUAUGGCUGAAUAUUAGGAUUUUGUCGUUCUUCUGUGAGUCAUAUACUGUGUUUGGAAUAUUGAAUAUUGUGCUCCCUGAUACUUUGGAAAGGGGCCUCUUGUCGAGGUCUGAAUUUACAGGCUAAUGUUACUGUAGAGGUGGUUUUACAUCUGCUGGGUUCCAUGUUGUGGCCUACUUUUAAAUACUUUGUUUUUUCUAAGACGAGGAAGAAUAAUGUUUAAGGUUUCACUCACUCAUGUAAAAACGGGGAGCAUAUGUUAGGAGGACUCUUCUUGAAUAUUGUUAAACAGAAAAAAAAAAAAAAACCUUCCAAAGAACUAGUGGAGCCCAAAUGGAAUCCCUUCUGCUAGAAGGUCUCUAGUUUAUCUGAACCCUCUCUAGAUAUAAACAUGAAAUCAUGCUAAUCUGGAGGGGGGGUGUAAGGAAUGUCGUAUUUUUGACAUUGUUUUUGCUUUUAGUCAUAGGUUGUGGUGCAUUAUUUUUUUCUUCUAUAGACAAACUGUCUCUGGGUUUAUUUAUAGGGUCAUGUUAGUAAAGAUAUAUGCCCUAAGUUUGAAUGGAUCUCCACAUAAAACCAUUUGUUUUCUGUGUCCAGUGGCUCCCACUCAGCCUACGAAUGGUUUAUGAGAAGCUGGACAGCUUUCAGAAUGUAGUAUGCAACAACCCCUAUAGCAACACAUGACAUGAACGUCUCUUUAGUCUUUAACAUUAAGGUGUGUAUGAUUUAUGUCCGGUCCUAAGGUUGAAUUGAGCUAACUAUGCCUUUCACAUGAGCUAUAGUGCGUUUGUAUCAGGUUGCAGCAGCACAGGAUAAGCUAGUGAUAUACAAUAUGUCCCCACAUCGCUCAUGGAGUUAAGUUCUUUCCUAACCAUGUGCUGUCAUCUUUAAUUGCAUUGAGCGGGGGUCAGGGUGGUCCAGUCUCUUUAAUCCAUGGAGAUGUGUUCAUGUGUCCCCUAUUGCAAAGUGUCACUAAAUUAAAAAUAGUAAAGUAAAAUAUUGAUAUAUUUAAUUUAAGCAGUGAAAAAAGGGUCGAAUACAAAUCUGGAUGUUUGGUAAGCGCUAUGUUUAAAACGACAAACAAAUAAACUGACAUCAGCUGACCACCCUUCAACACCCUGUAUCUGUCUUGUAUCCUCUUCACAUUGACAGAGUGCUCAUUGUUAUCUCAUCACUGUGUAAUUACAGAGCUGGAGUCCUGCUGCCCUGUUUGUCUCACUCUUGAUUUCCUAACUGAUCCGUUCUGUGACCGUCUAAUGUGACAUUGUAAGAGUAUGUGUCAUUAGGUAAACGAGCAUCAUUGGGAGUUUAUCAUCACUGCACACAUGGGUUUCAUUUAGGACGGCGCAUCUCACAAUAAAUAUGAUGGAAACUAGCAAACAAAGAUGAAAUUGCUUCAAAAAAACAACGUAGCAUUUGAAAUCUUCCAGGUUGUCUGUACAUUCCUGACAGGCAGAAGGUAGCAGCCAGCGUCCUCUGGAUGCAAAGUGGUAUGAGCCCGUCAUUUUGUGCCCUGCUAAGUGUAACCCUGUGCUGUCCUGACUACUGCCUGCUGCUGCUGCUGUUUGACGACAAUAUCACCAUUCCGUAUGUUUUGGGUCGAACUACUGCUAAAAGCCAGUGUAGCCCAAAUGGAAAUGAAAACUAUGUAUGAGAAUAUGUUUUUUAAUUUUUUCCCCCCUGCUCUAUCAAAUAAUAAUAAAACUAAUUUUAACCCCUC